AUGGCUUCGAGGUAUCUGUUGAUUGUCUUCCUGUUCGCUUGGAAACCAGAUUGUUUAGUCAAAUCGGAAUGGUGCGAAGUCAAGUACAGCAAAGACAGAAUAGACGAUCCUGAAUAUUUAAAAAAAUGUAUUCCGAAGCCAUGGAAACCUUUUUUUGAAGAGCUGCAAAAGAAAUCUAACGGCGUCUUCUUGUUGAAACGUUUGGCAGACGAUCUUAUUAAUAUAAGUAAACAACUGGAAGACGCCAUUGAACCACAAAUGCCAUUGUUGUUUAGGGCCUUCGAGCUGGUGGAACCAGAGAAAGUGAGAGUGGUGAUUUUAGGCCAGGAUCCAACUCCGCAAAAAGACAAGGCUACUGGUGUGGCAUUUCACGUGGAAAAACCUCGUUCUGUUCCAGCGGUACUGCACAUGUUUUUAGAAGUCGCCUUUGAAGGUUUCCCUGUGGACCUUGAUAAAGGUAAUGUUAUGGAAUGGGCAAGGCAAGGCGUCCUUCUGCUUAACACGGCUCUUACAUGUCCACACAAGCCUCCGAAUGAAGCAGAUGAAGAGGAUAGGUAUAAGUAUAGAAGUCACUCAAAAAUAUGGGAAGCUUUCACCAUAUCCCUGAUCAAGCAUAUUGAGGUUAAGACAGCGGGUCCUUCUGUUUGGCUAUUGUGGGGGAGAGAGGCUAAAAAGUUCUCGACGUAUAUAAAUAAAAAGCAGCUUAUAAUUGAAGGAGGGCACCCUUCACCUACGGGCACCGCCAAACAUGGAGAUUCGUUUUUUGGUGGCAACUACUUUAAUGGUGCCAAUCAGUUUUUGCGGAGCAAUGAGCGUGGCACUAUAGACUGGUCAUUAUCUGAUAGCGGGUUGAAUAGUUUGAAACUAACCCCUGAAAAUUGGAAAAAAAAGCUUCUUAGCCCAGUAUCUGAAAGCGGGUUGAAUAGUUUAAAACUAAUCCCUGAAAAUUGGGAACAACAGCUUAAAAAUGAAAAAAUAAAAUUAGAAUAUGAGCUAAAUGAAGAAAUGAUUCAAGAAGAAAGAGAAUUAAGGCUCAGAAACCGCCUGAAACAAAUCAACUAUCAACUGCAGCGUAUUCCAUAUGAACAACUUAAAUGCCACUACGAGAAAAUAAUAACGAAACUUCCUGAGUAG